AUGGAAACAAUCGCGGAAAAGAGAAUUGACAGUCCUAAGAAUAUGGAAGGAGUGAGAAACUCUUUUGCGAAGUUGAAGGUUUGCAUCAAGGAAGUUCUCAACGAGUACGACAAAAAACAAGACGUGGCGUUCAAUUAUCGAGAUGAAUUAUUAGCAGAACAACAAAUCAACUUCAAUUUGAAUCAACAAUUUUUAGUAAUGUUGGGCGAAAUGAAGUUGGAGAACUACUACAACCACGAAAAAAUUCGGCACAGAAUUGAUGAAAUGUUGCGUAUCCUCGCUCAAGCCGAACGUCACGCGCCAGUAGAGGCAGGCAGAAUUGCACGUAAAGGCCUACUAAAACAUUCUGUUGGCACCACCCAAAUUCUCCAUGCAUCUUCCAACCUUACUUCCCCAUUUAAUCUUUUGACAACUAUUCCACAGUUAUCAUCAUCGUCGUCGUCGUCAUCAUCAUUGUCAUCAAUAACCUUUCGGAAAAAUUACGUUCACGCGCAAACUUUUUCAUCACCAACGUUAACGGGGAAAUUAUCAGCUCCAAUUAAAAUUACAACCACCUCGUUGAAUGCAGCUUCAAGAAUGUCGUCACCGGCAUCAUCUUCUUUCUUAUCUCCAUUAUCACCAUCAUCAAACUCAUCACCAUUCUUAUUGUUAUUACCAUCAUCACCAUCAUCAUUAUCACCGCAACCCCCAUCAACUCACACAACAAAUACAACACACACAACUCACACAAUUCAAACAACUCACACAAUUGACGCCUUUUCGCAAACCUUAAUGAGAACCCCAUCUCCAUCACUUACCUCUGCAAACAAUGAAGCAAAAUUUCCCAGAACGGCAACGCCAUCAUCAACAACAUCGCUCAGUUUGGCCACAAAAUUAAUUGCCUCCAAACUAGACCAUCCCCAAUUUUAUUACUCACCAUCUAACACGCCAUCCCUGCCUUCGUCACAUUCGACAACAAAUUCAACAAGGCAACUCAGCCCUGACAUGCGCAAUACAUCAAAGGCCGAACAAAAAAAUAGAGAUGUGCCAACAUCAACAUCGAGCACUGACUCUCUAUCACGUUCCGCCAACGAUUACAACAUCACUAUGACGUCAUUUAACAAGUCCAGCAACUUCAACAAAUACAACGGCGACAUCAACCACAACGACCACAUCAACUGCAACAACCACAUCAACUGCAACAACCAUAUCAACCACCACGACCACAUCAACCACAACGACCACAUCAACUGCAACAACCACAUCAACUACAACAACCACAUCAACUACAACAACCAAAUCAACUACAACAACCGCAUCAACUGCAACAACCACAUCAAAUGCAAAGACGACUACAACCACAACAACAUCAACAACGACAUCAAUAUCAGUAACAUCAGCAACCAAACUAACAACAUUAACAAUAACAACACAACUUAA